UAUGCACCUAGUGUUUAGUGUUGGUGUUGGUAUUGCUGAUUCCAAAAACCGCCAUUUUCCUGGCGGAGUUUGUUUUGGAUUGCCAAGGAGAUAGCGUCGUGUUUCAAGUAAAAUUCCAUAGAUUUCGGAGACUAAGCAACUUGCUCAAGAGAAAAUGGGGAAGUCAAAAACGGACGAAAGUAGCGAAAGUGAAGAAGAGUAUUCCGUCGAAAAAAUAAUUGAUCGACGUGUGGUAAAAGGAAAGGUUGAAUACUUUUUAAAAUGGAAGGGUUAUAGCGAGGAUGACAAUACCUGGGAACCCGAAGAAAAUUUAGAUUGCCCAGAUCUAAUUCAAGAGUUUGAGCGAAACAGAAAACUUAACAAAGCAAAAUCGUCCACUAAAGAUAAGAAGCGGGUACGACGAGAUUCAAACGAUUCCACUGACUCCAAUGCUUCUGAUGAGAAAAAGAAAAGAAGAGGCCGAAGUGUUUCUCCAGAAGAGGAUGAAGAACCCAAAACUAAAAAGUCCAAGGCAGAUGAUUCAGGAGAUGAAAAGAAAAAAUCAGAUGAUGAAUCUGAUUCAGUACCAAAAACCAAAAAGAAGAAGUCAGAUUCAAAACCUAAAUCAAAGAAAACAGAAGAUGAUAAAGAGGAAAAAAAAUCUAAAAAGAGCAAAAAAGUGGCUGAUUCUGACUCUGAUGAUGAAAAAACAAAGAAAAAAGAAAAGGUUGAAGAAUCUACAAGAGAUUCUGAUGAGGAAAAUGUCUCAAAGCAAGACAAAAAAAAGAAGAAGCCAGAAUCAAAAGAAAAAAACAAAUCAGGAGGACCCAAGAAGUCUGGAUUUGAUAAAGGCUUAGAAGCGGAAAAGAUUAUUGGAGCUUCAGACUCAACUGGACAAUUAAUGUUUCUCAUGAAGUGGAUUGGCACUGACGAAACGGAUUUGGUUUCUGCCAAAGAAGCAAACAUGAAAUGCCCACAAGUUGUUAUCCAAUUCUAUGAGGAAAGGAUUGCUUGGCACACACCAGAUUCUUCCGAAUAAAUAAUAAUUUUAGAAUUAUCCAUUUAUAAAUAAGAUAUUACUAGUAGCAUACAGCUAAACAUAAAGUUUUCCAGAAAGGGUUUUUAUUUUUUUUUAAAGAGUUAAUUUUAAUGUUUAGAUUAAUAAAAUUAUUAGGUU